GUUCGGAGUCACAGCCCGUUUCCGCUUUGCGUGAUUCAGCCUGCCAUCAGUGUGGUUGGAUUCAUACCUGUGUGAAGUGAGCAGUAAGGAAGUAAUUGGGACCAUUGGUUCGUCGGUUUUCCUGGAUCCUGAACACCAAGGUGAUCUCAGCGGGAGUGAAAUUCUAUGGAUCUUCACCGGCAGCAACAAAAGCCCUGUUAUUAUUUUGGAUUACGUUCCAGAUGAACCUGUGGAGGAACCAAAUGAACAAUUCAGAUCCCGUUUACAGUUUAACUCUUCUACUGGCUUUCUGCGGGUAGACAGGAUAAAACCUGAGGAUCAAGGUGUUUAUAAUUUUGAAGUAGAUGAGAGAAGAACAACUACAAUCGAAUUGCUUCUCUUCUAUGAGCUGUCAAAAACUCUGAUAAGGAGCUACAGUGCCCCUGGUUACACCAUCCAACUCACCUGUGAGGUUGAUGGAAAUCCGCAGAAAUAUGAAUGGCUGAGAAAUGGAGAGAAAAUCUCCCAGCAUCACUUGCUAACUAAUGGAAACAGAAGCCUUGUCAUCUUGAUGGACUCGACAGGUGAAUGUGGAACGUAUACCUGUGUUGCUACCAAUCCUGUCGGCUCUACCCAGGCAAAUUACACCAUAAAUCUCCCAGGUAUUUUCAGUGAAGACUCUAUAAUUAUUAUUGCAUCGAUCUCAGGGCUGGUAUUUUCUUUGGUGUGUCCUGGUGGGUCAUUGCUUCUGUGGCGUUUGGAGAAGAAAUCAAAGCAAGCGUCUUUGAGCUUGAUGAUUUUCAGAGUUCUGUCUCUUGCUGCUACCUUUGUUGCACUUGCCUCAUGGAUCGGGAUUAAAGAUGCUAACUUUAUCCCCAUCAUUGCAUUAUGCAUGGUGAGUGUUCGACUUCUGGCUAUUGUUGCACCGGUUGUCAUUCGGAAGUCCAGCUGCUUGUUUACUGAGGAAUUCCAAGAAAAGAAAGAUUCCCAUCCUUCCACUUACUUGAAUGAUAUGACUGUGAUCCUCAUUUUGGUCAGUAUUUUGAUGGAGGCGAUUCAGCAAAGCAACCAAAGCUGUCACACCAGCAUUUAUACAUGGACCAUACCUACUGCGCUGAUAGUCAGCUGUGUUACAGUCAUCUUGGUGUUCCUUGCAACGUAUCGCUUGCGUCGAUUUGAAGGAUGCCAUGACUUGCGUGAAGUUGAUGCUACACUCGGAUUUCCUCAGAGCCUUUAAAAUGGCUGAGAAAUAUUGUCCAUGAGAACAUGCAUUCUCAUAUGUGUUUACAUAAGUUACAUUGUUUACAUAAUUUCAUAACUGACAUGUGUUUUGUUCCUGUGGAUGGGAAUCUGCCAUUGGAAACACCUCAUUGUUACAUUUCAGGACACAGUAUUUCCAGCUAACGAUGCGUUGACACAGGAUCAUCCCCUAAAUGUGAAUAAACAGAGAAACACACAAAUCUACAGCACAUUCCAGGCUCUUUGACCCACAAUGUGGUGCCAAACAUGUAAACUGCUCUAGAAACUGCCGCAAAUUUCUCUAGUGCAUAGCCCUCUAUUUUUUUUACCGCCUUGUACCUAUCUCAAUAGCUCUUAAAAUUUGCUAUUGCAUCUGCUUCCACCGCUGCCGCUAGCUGUGCAUUCCGCGCUCCCACAGCUUUGUGAAAAAAUUACCCCGACAUCCCCUCGGUACCUGUUUCCAAGCACCUUAAAACUAUGCUCCCUGGUGUUGCCCAUUUCAUCUAGGGAAAGAGCGUCUGGGUAUCCACAUGGUCAAUGCUUCUCAUCAUCUUAUACACCUCUAUCAGGUCAGCUCUCAUCCUUCGUCGCUCUAAGGAGACAAGGCCAAGUUCACUCAGCCUAUUCUCAUAAGGCAUGCUCCAUCCAUUCCAGGCAACAUCCUUGUAAAUCUCCUCUGCACUCUCUCUACAGUAUCCACGUCCUUCCUGUAGUGAGAGGCCAAUAACAGUAAGGGCCACUGCACAAUUUUGUGUGGUUGCUUUUUUUUCACACGUUUGUUUUUCAGGAUGUGACGAGAGCAACAGUUACACUGGUCACAAAGAUUUUGCUCCCUGAAUACUUUUGGGUGUAUUUAAUUGAUUUUGGGCUGCUGAUCAUGAAAAUCACCUUGAAAUUUCCCUCUCAUGCACCAUCUUUUUGGAAUCACCUGUAUUUGUUCUUUCAAUUCAAAAUUCAGAUCAAUAAAAAUAUCGUCCACAAUACAAACUGGAAAGUUUGCUUUGGGUUGCCAGCCUGGCCCAUAACAAUGGUGUCUUUUUGUUGAUUCUGCAGUGUUAAUCUUGAAUGCUGUGCAGUUACACUACAGCAAUGUCCACCUUUCAAUACCAAUUGUCUAUCAAUACACAUGAAGGAAAGCUGCUGAAAUUUGGAAGUCUGCUGAAGCAAUUGUAGUGUAAUGUAAUUGGUGGAAAUGUGCAGGAUUCACAACCACAAACAUUGGGUUGGGAUUUACUUUAAGACAGCUGACAUGAUGAGGUAAUUAUAUAGAGGACCUUUAAUGUGCUUGUAUUCAGUUUUUUGAUG